AACAGCAUCAUCAACAGCACGCAUGCGUGCUUCCCGAUUCUGUCGCAGCCGACGUUGGUCAUCGAGCGGCGGAUCGAGUACAUGAACUUGUUUCUGGGGUUCGAGCAGUCGAACAAAUACGCGUUGUACGACGCCAUGGGCACGCAGAUCGGGUGGCUCAUCGAGCGGGACUUCGGCAUCGGGAAGGCGAUAAUGCGGCAGGUGUACCGUCUCCACAGACCGUUCACGGUGGACCUCUUGGACAUCGAGGGAAAUCUCUUGCUGACGAUCAAGCGGCCUUUCAGCUUCAUCAACUCGCACAUCAAGGCGAUCUUGCCGAUGCAGGUUGACGAGAGCGAUCCGCUGGCGAAGGAGGCGGCGGACAUCGAGCCGGACGGGAUUGUCGUCGGGGAGAGCGUGCAGAGCUGGCACCUCUGGAGACGGCGGUACAACCUGUUUGAGAGCAUCAACGACGGAAGCGGGGCGUUCAAGCAGUUUGGCAAGAUCGACUCGGGCUUCUUGCGGUGGGAGUUCCCCGUCUACGACGAAAACGGGAUGGUGCACGGCGAGGUGAGCCGGAACUUCAGCGGGCUCUUCAGAGAGGCCAUGACGGACACCGGGGUGUACGUGUUGCGGAUGGACCCGAGCAGCUUCGAGGGCGGGGAGACGGAGUACGGGCCCAUCUCGGGCAAGGCCUUGACGCUCGACGAGAAGGCAGUGAUGCUCUCCAACGCCGUGUCCAUCGACUUCGACUACUUCAGCCGGCACAGCGGGGUCGGCGGCGGGGGGCUGCUGUGGUUUGGCGGCGGCGAC